AUGGCAUAUUUGCCAACAGUCCCUAAUUUUCAGAGCGAGCCCCGGCCAAUUCGUGUUAUCCCAGGCAGAAAGUUGGUUAUUUCCAGGGUGAAUAGAUAUGAGCGUCAGACUUUGAGAACUGUAUUUGUAUCCGCUCACAGUAAUGCUGAAUGGAACUGGCUUUCGGGAAGAGCAGAUGUUGGGAGUCGUUGGACCUGGCUCCAGUCUCAGAUUGCAGAGUUGGAAUACAAAAUUCAUCACCUGGUGGAUCUACAUAGUCAGCUACGAAGCAAGAAGGGAACGCUGGUGUUUCAGGAAUGUUCAAAUUGCAUUCUCGGGGAAGAGACACAUCUGCCAUAUCCAGGCACUUCAUUACAGCCCGCAGAGACCCUGGAAACCCCCUCAGAGGAAACAAAUCUGCCUCCGGCAAUGGAUUUAGAAAUGUCUCCAAGCAGCCCGACCUUGCUCCUGAGAAACAUAGAGAAGCAGAGUGCUCAACUGACUGAAAUGGUCAGCAGUCUUAUUGCAGCGAUCCCCAUGACUCUGUCUCCUACCAAUCCCGUUAAACCCUUUGCAAAUGGAAAGAUGACGGCAAAAGGUCCUCCUGGAACAUCAAAGCUACAAAAGGCAUGCGCUCCCACCAGGAAUGGAUUCUGCAAGCAGCAGCCAGUAAAAAGAAGGAAGCGGAUCCGUGUCAGAGCCUCCUCCAAUUUUGGGAGCAGUUCAGCCCGCACCAGACCCCUGCUGCUCUUUCACAAGCGGAACCUAUAUAGAAUGUUUCCGGACCACACGCCUUUACAUUUGACGUUGCACUCUCACCAAGCACUACAUGGAAGUAAUGAGUCAUGGCAAACCUCAGACUACAGCUCUACCUGGAUCAGUUGUGACAAGCCUCAAAAAUCUGUGCUGGUAAACAGAGAUGUCUGUGAGAUAGAGCCAAACUUCCACCCCAUCUUGUCACUACCUGCUGACCUUCCAUUACAUCUGCACCUUGAGGGUUUGCUGACGACGUGCAAGACUGACAUUAGGGAUUCACUAAAUAGCAGAUUUUUCAACUAUGAUGACGAUGAAAAUCUCUCUCAUGUACCAGCCAGAUGGAGCAAGAGUUGUACCUCAAGCCCUGGGCCACAACUUGUACUUGAAACGCACAACCAAGAAAGACAAGGUGGAGGCAUGGCUGAAGCCGAUGCUCAGCCCAGCCAUGAUCUCACGGGGACCCACACUUCUCAUAAAACCUCUGUACAGUUAGAGGCACGGGACCCCGGCAUUGUGCUAAGUGCAGCAAGGCGAAGAUUGAGGAGUGAAAGCUCCUACGACAUUGACAACAUAGUUAUCCCCAUGAACCUGGUUGCACCAUCUAAAUUAGAGAAAUUACAUUACAAAGAAAUUCUCACCCCAAGUUGGAAAGAAGUUGCACUUGAACCAUUGACAUGUCCUCCGUGUGAAGAGAUUGAAGAUCUGUCAGAUGAGGCUUUUUUAAUCCGACAUCAAAAAUAUGAGCGGGCAGAAAGGGCUCGCUGGUCAUUUUGGGAACAGAGCAAAUGGCCAAAACGGAGCAGGUCUUCAAGUCAUAGCUCAGGGCAAUGCACGGAAGACAACUGGAGUCCAAAUUCCACAUCACCCGAUUCUUGGGACACACCGCCGCCUGGUGGUUGUGCUUUGCAAGCCCUACGGUCUUCAGCUGAUUUUCAGCAAGGGAAGGCACAACACUGGGAGCGUAGAAUAUUUCCUCUUACAGGAGAAGCUGCUGUGGCUUUAAAUGAUACACAGACAACGACAAAACACUUGUCUCGUCCCCCAGCCCAUGAGGACAAAGAAGCGAUAUGCCUUCAUUCCAGCUGUGACAAGGAAAAUAGGUGAUGGAGCAUUGUCCACUAAUACUCACAGGCUAGCCCGGGGCUUUGGAAGAUGAGCAAGGUACAUACAAAAUUGAUGUAAUAGGUGGCUACAUGUAAUACACAGAAGGUGGCAGAUU